AUGGCGCAGGAGCGGGGGUCCCCGGGACCCUCCAGCUCCUCCGCGGCCGCCCCAAGCGCCAGCGGGACUCCCCUUCUGAGCCACCAGUGCCAAAUGGAGAGACUUGAACGUCACAUCUUUGGGCACUUGGCAGGAAACACCAUGGAUGUUCCAGUUAUUAAACUAAUGAGUACUCAAGACCCCAAACCGCCCUUCGUGGUGCACGUAGGCCCCAGCGUCGGGUGCUGGGAAAGGGCCUCAUCAAGCAGAAGGCGCUCUGGUUGCUGUGCCCACGAUACGGAGCAGGGCAGCCGUCAUGACAUUGGCAGUGCCUUCUGA